AUUUUUCAAUUGAACAAGCUUAAUGAGUGAAGAUCAAUUAGAAAGAUACAAAAACAUCUAAACAAACAGAAAAUUCUAUGAACAGCGGAGUAAAAAAGUAAUGGUUGUAUAAUCCAGACACGAAUGAUGAAUGUCUUUUGAUAUAUUAGCAAAUAUAUUAAAGUUUGAGCAUUCGUAUGAGUGCUAGCAAUAAAUCAAUGUAAAUUAAUGAACAGUUUUAUAUUUUUAAAGCUCUCGGCAGAAAAAAGAUCAAUAGUGAUAAAAUUAUUAAUACCUUAACAAACACGUUAAUUUUUUGCUAUUUAAAUCGCUUCAAUAAUAUUUAAUGAGUUUAUGAAGAACGCUAACAAUGCUAACAGAAAUCGGCUUAAUGCCUAGAUAUAUCUGCUUUAUUGUGUGCUAAUGAGACCCGAAAACUCCCACCUUUCAUGUGCCUUAAUUCUGAGAACAAUUCCCGGUGCAAAAAAGUGCAAGUGGCAAGCGAAUUGGAGACCCGCUUUGCCUUGACUCAUUCCAUAAACAACUUUUUGUGGCAAAUACGUCAGAAGAAAGUGAAGUUUAUUCGAGCCAAAUUCGUCACCAAUCAAUGUCCCCUUUUUAUGUCCCCAACUUCAUAUCGCGUAUACUCCACGUGUUUAUUCUAGAAGCUGCAGACUCUUAUAUCUCAGUCAGAAGCUGACAGGUUAUUUGUUCUGAAAAUAUAUUACCAAAGAGCUGGACAGUUGAGAUUAAAUCUCCAGGCAGCAGGGUCAAUGACUAUUAUUUGUCUUUCGAAAGAACAGCAUUCAGAUUGCGAAACUUUCAACAGUCAGCUAGUAUAAAUAACAAAUCUGAGAGGCACGACUAUCUUUAAUUGUUUUUGUGGCGCAGCUAUCGUUAGGUUCUUGAGUAGCCAGCCCAGUGGCAGUGGGUGGUUUUCUCUAGCCGUGUAAUCACAAGCCAUCGUGACUUAACUUGGCCUAGACCCCCGUGCACAACCGGUUGGCUCUUAAAAAUUCCUGAAGAUCACCUGCUAUGUUUGUAAACGAAAUUAACGCGCUAAAGUGAAAACUGCCAGAGUCUCCCGUCCACCCUCCUGGAACUCUCUCUAUAUAACUCUAAGCCCCUAAAUACUCGUGUUUAUAUAUAUAGAACCCGUUCUGUGUGUUGCCCCUGUCUGGUUAUGGCUUAUGCAAAUAUUUGCAGCUUCUACUGCUAGCGCUAAGGAGCAGGUUUCAAAUCUUUGCAAUUUACAGGCCCAACUUAAAAACAGAUUUUUGAAAUGAAAAAUCGGUGAUAGCCAAUCGUUCGAUUAAUCAAAAUCGCGUCGGAGAAACGCAACAUAAACGGAAUUAAUCAAGACCCGAAUCAACAGCAAACGGGAAACGAUAAAGACUCGUGGCGCUGACGGCGCAAAUUAAGCACCCGCAAAAAUACAGAGAAACUGCCGAAUUUUUGCCCAACCCAAGGUUUUCUGAUGAAAAAAUAUAUAUAUAUAUACUCAUACAAAAGACCAAAAAUCCCAGUCCAGAUACCUUGCCAUUGAGGAGAGUCUACAGUUUUGGGGAAAUCCUGGCCGCAAAGUGAUCUUUGAGUGAAAAAACUAUAUGAAGUACAUAAACAAAAGGCCUCAAAAAGGGAACUCAUAAUAAUUGUGGCUACAAGGUGAUCAUUAUAAUGUGAAGUGAAAAAAAAUACCUUACAAAAUGUAAAAAUUAAAUAUAUAAUUAGUGACAAAAUAUCAUAUAUGACCAUAACUUUGUUCUCAGCUUUUUUAACUCGGCAUUUCACCCAAACCGAAAGUGCAUAGCCAAUUAAAUUUACAAUAAAUACGAAAAAACAAAAAAAAAACAAAAUAACAAAAUGGAAAACAGCAGCAAAAACAACAGAAACACCACAGAAAAACUGUUCGAUACGUGCCGGAAUUUAAGUUUAGCUUUUUAGCCCUCCAGUAUUAUUUGCAUGGAUUGCAUGUGUAUUGCUCUUUACAGUUUUACUGGGCGCAUGUGACCGCCCACUCCACUCCUGCCCACUAUCGUUGUGGGAUACAGUAGAGCUUCAAUAUAGUGGAUUUUGUUUAACAAGAAGAAUAUUUGAGAAGCUUAAAAACCUGAGGCUCGGAGAGAGCGAGAAAGAGUGUGAGUCGCAGCCUGAGCGGCGGGGGUGUAAGUGAGAGGGAAAGCAGCCGACGGCGACGCUGUUUUUUCAAUGACGCGACAACAACAAAAACAAUUAACAAAAUUCGCGUACGAAAUUAAACAACAACAACAACAAAACCAACAUCAACAUCAACUACAAUUCGGCCUUCUCGGUAUUGGCAGCGGCCUAGCGCCGGCAAAAAAUAACAAUAAAAGCCAAUUGUUUGUGUUUAAGUAAACAAAACAAGAUCAGUUAAAAAAAAAUAUCCAAAACAAAAAUAAAAACUAAGUCAAAAAAUGACCGUCUCGUAUGCGGGCGAAGUGCCAAAUGGGAGCAGCUUUGGCUGCUUCUGGAAGAUCCUAUGGAAAUGGCGAGGCAGCGUUUACAAACUGAUCUGGCGCGAAUUAGUGGCAUAUCUUUGCUUAUACUAUACUAUAAAUGUUAUCUACAGAUUUGGCCUGACAGAAAGUCAGCAGGCUAUUUUUAAGAAAAUUCGCCUUUACUUCGGGCAGCAGAGUGAGAGUAUACCCAUGUCCUUUGUCCUGGGCUUCUAUGUAAAUUUGGUAGUUAAACGUUGGUGGGAGCAGUACCGCCUUCUGCCCUGGCCAGACACGUUGGCCCUGUUUAUAAGUGCUGCCAUUCCCAACUCAAAUGCAGGUGUAAAUAAUGAAACAAGUCGCCUUAUGCGUCGUAAUAUCAUGCGCUAUAUGGUCUUGGCCUAUGUGAUCACCCUUCAGCGAAUUUCCCUUCGAGUGAAACGUCGUUUUCCCACCACCCAACAUCUUGUAGAUGCCGGUCUGAUGCACGAGUCCGAGAUGAAGAUCUUUGAGGCUCUUAAUCAGAAGAGCCCUAUGUCCAAGUACUGGAUGCCUCUGGUUUGGGCCACCAACAUCAUUAAUCGAGCGAGGAAAGAUGGCUUGAUUGCCUCGGAUCAUAUUGUUCAAACCAUUUUGGUGGAAUUGUCGGAUAUUCGUAGACGUUUAGGUGGUCUUAUUGGCUACGAUACGGUCUGUGUUCCUCUGGUCUACACCCAGGUGGUUACCUUGGUGCUGUAUACCUAUUUCAUUGCCGCCCUUUUGGGCCGUCAAAUGUUGCCAAAUGUUUUGGACAGAAAUGGCCGAGAAGAUCCCGAUCUGUUCUUUCCCCUCUUCACGGUAUUGCAGUUUGUUUUCUACGUGGGCUGGCUGAAAGUGGCCGAGGUGCUAAUCAAUCCCUUCGGCGAAGAUGACGAUGAUAUCGAGCUCAACUGGCUGAUUGACCGACACAUCAAGGCGGCCUACAUGAUCGUUGACGAGAUGCACGAGGAGCACCCCGAGUUGCUGCGGGAUCAGUACUGGGAGUGCGUGGUACCCAAGGAUCUGCCCUAUACGGUGGCAUCCGAACAUUAUCGAAAGGAUGAGCCGAAGGGCUCUGCUGAGAAGUACAAGGUCAAGAAGGAGGACGCCAUGUAUGCCAACAUUAUGCCCGGUGGCGGCAAGCGAAUGCUCAGCGAUGAUGUCUACGCGGAUUAUGAGAGCGUGGACACACCCAUGGUGGAAAGGCGGAAAAACAACUGGCUGGUUCGCCAGCUCUCGCGAAUGGGUUCGAUGAGGAGCCAAUCGACGGCCUACUCCUCUGGCGGAAUGCCCUUCAAUCGGAACCGCCUGAAUUCUGUAUACUCUAGUCCCGAGUCUGGCUUGCCACUGACCAUCCUACAGCAGCAGCAACUGCAGCAGGCGCAUCAGCAACAGCAGGCAGGAUCGAAUCCAAAUAAAUCGAGUCUCUACGGGAAGUUUGUGCAUCGGAAAUCUAUCAGAGCACAACGACAACUUAUCAAGCAGAACUCUAAAUUAAAUGGCUUGAAUGUUAAUGUGGCCAAGACCAGACCACGGAUUCCCACACCCGAGGUAACCAAGGAUGGCAACACGAAUCCAGCCACCAGCUCGGUCCUAAUGGCACCACAGCAGCUGAGCACCACCAGCGCACCAUCGGGCAUGUACCCCACCUCCUACGCACCCGACACCCUACUGCACCAGGAGAGCGGCCAGGUGCUGGGCACGCUGCUGCUCUCGCCCAUCAAAGAGAUGGAUAGCUCAUCGUCCAAUAACACUCUGAUUCCAGGACAUCCGGCCACCGCAGCCCUGGCAGCCAGCAUGAAGGACGGAUUUGUACCAAGCAAUAUUCCCGCUGCCACGAACAUCACCACUCUAUCAUUCCCCUUCAGCGUGACUAGCACUGGUGGGGAGACGAUGCCCACGGGGACAUUGAGCAUCCUACCCAUCACGGCCAACGCCCAAUUGCCCACGAUCACAACGACAGCCAGUGGCUACGAUCCAAAUGAUGUGAUCACCACCAUACCUGUGUCUUUGUCUAUCCAACGAUCGCCAUCGGCGCUUUCCAUUGUGGAACUAACCGGAGCUGAUGUUCAGGAUGGAUACAGCAACAGUGGGUCAAGCAAUGGAAAUGGUGGUAUCACCACCACGGCCCUGCUCUCCGUAAAGCCCCUAAAUGGAAACCAAAACAUUUCGCGGAACAACAGUUUCAACUUAAGCCUCAAUCUGCAGGAUCCACAGCAACGAUCCUCGAUGCGAUCAGCGGGACCCAAUGAUACAGUGGACAACUCAGCCACGAUGCCAAUGCCUCAGAGAGGCGGAGGUCAGGAAACAGGAGGAGUGGUAGGAUCUUCGGCACCCUCUACUCUGGCGAAACACAAGCCGGAGCAGAAGACCGGAGAGGUGUACGUCUGACACUGAGAUCCUCCUUAGAUUGGUCUAAAUUCGAACGGGAUUAGAGCCACGUAAUUAGGUUUAAGACCCAAUGGCCAUGUGCCGCCCGGAAACACUAAAAUGAUAUUAUCAGUAGCCAGAAAAGGUUUGAUUAUUUCAAGGACCUUCGUCCUAGAAGUCAAGUAAUCACUUUUCUUAUAGCAAACAGCAGAUCAGGAAGUCUCAAUGGGUUUUAUUUAAGUUUAAUUUUUGGGUAUUUUAAUUUGAUUUCCCUAAAGUGAAAACUAAAUAAAAUACAGUGAGACCCCAAAACAUGUUACUUCAUAAGUUCAGCUCAACAAAAUUGUAGUAAAUGCAGAGAGUAUAUCACCAACCGAUUGUAUCUAUAUAGAGUAUUGUAUAUAAUUAGAUUAUUUAAUAGGAAAUUGACUUAUUGUUUUGGCACUUGCCAUAUUAGUUAAGCGUUUGAAUCUUUGCAUAACUUUAUAAAGAAUCUCUAUCUCGUGUAGGCAGUGUAAAUACUUGUAAACCAACACAGUAUGUGAUAUGCGAUUGUUAUCCAGCUAGAUUUUGUAUCUUUGCAAGUACAGAUAAAUAAGUGCCUAAGUUUAUAUUCUGUAAUUAUAAUCCCCUCUGUAUGUGAAUGUAGGAAAUCUAUGUAAUUAUGGCCCUUGUACAGAUGAACAGGCCACAUCUUGUAGUUAUAUUUGGAAAUAAAAUCAAUCACUUAACAAAGAA